AUGUGCUCGCGCGAUCCUCACUUUUCUCAUUUCAACACGGUCAGUACAGACUCAUGUUUCGACGGCAGGCAAGUUCCGAGAGCGAAAGUGCGGGCGAAGUGGGAUGGAUAG